AUGAACCCAUCACCAGAGGUCCUUACGAGCCCACAAGGUCGAAAUGUUACAUCGGACCGAGACAUCGUUCAACGUCGAUAUGAAGAAUUGCAUCCACUUGACCAGGACGCUCAAAACUCGGUCGCAAGAUUGCUCAAUGCAACCUCACGUCAACCAAUAUCUUGA